CUCGCAUGACCAAUGACAUCCUGGGGCAAGCGCUCAUUGAGGAACCCUCCGUGCCAGAAGCCCUUCCAGCACCUUUCAUGACCAAAGACAUCCUGGGGGAAGCGCUCACUGAGGAGUCCUCCGUGACAGAACCCCUUCCAGCACCUCGCAUGACCAAUGACAUUCUGGGGGAAGCUCUUAUUGAGGAACCCUCGAUGCCAGACCCCCUUCCAGCAACUAACAUCACCAAUGACAUCCUGGGGGAAGCAUUCAUCGAGGAAUCCUCCAUGCCAGAUCCGUUUCCAGCACCUCGCAUCACCAACGAGAUCUUGGCGGAAGCGCUCAUUAAGGAACCCUCAGUGCCAGAACCCCUUCCAGCACCUCGCAUCACCAACAACAUCCUGAGGGAAGAGCUCACUCUGGAAACCUUCGUGUCAGAACCCCUUCCAGCACCUCGGAUGACCAACUACAUCCUGGGCGAAGUGCUCAUUGAGGAACUAUCCAUGCCAGAACCCCAUCCAACAACUCACAUCACCAAUGACAUCUUGGGGGAAGCGCUCACAGAGGAAUCCUCCAUGCCAGAACCCCUUCCAGCACCUCGCAUCACCAACAACAUCCUGGGCGAAGUGCUCAUUGAGGAACUCUCCGUGCCAGAACCCCUUCCAGCACCUCAUAUCACCAACGACAUCCUGGAGGAACAGUUCACUGAGGAACCCUCCGUGCCAGAUCCUCUUCCAGCACCUCGUAUCACCAACAACAUCCUGGCGGAAGAGCUCACUGAGGAACCCUCCGUGCCAGAACCUCUUCCAGCACCUCGUAUCACCAACAACAUCCUGGGGGAAGAGCUCACUGAGGAACCCUCCGUGCCAGAACCUCUUCCAGCACCUCGUAUCACCAACAACAUCCUGGGGGAAGAGCUCACUGAGGAACCCUCUGUGACAGAACCACUAGCCAUCACCUAGCAUGACCAACGACAUCCUGAGGGAAGAGCUCACUGAGGAUACCUCCGUGUCAGAACCCCUUCCAGCACCACGGAUGAUCAACAACAUCCUGGGCGAAGUGCUCAUUGAAGAACUCUCCGUGCCAAAACCCAGUCCAUCAACUCACAUCACCAAUGACAUCCUGGGGGAAGCCCUCACUGAGGAACCCUCCAUGCCAGAACCCCUUCCAACACCUCAUAUCACCAAUGACAUUUGGGGUGAAGAGCUCUUUGAGGAACCGCCCAUGCCAGCACCCCGUCCAGCACCUCACAUCACCUUGACAUCCUGGGGGAAGACGUCACUGAGGAACCCUCCAUGCAACAACCUCUUCAAGCACCUCGUAUCACCAACAACAUCCUUGGUGAAGAGCUCACUAAGGAAACCUCCAUGCAAGAACCUCUUCCAGCACCUUAUUUCACCAACGACAUCCUUGGUGAAGAGCUUACUCAGCAACCCUCUGUGACAAAACUCCUUCCAGUACCUCGCAUGACCAAUGACAUCCUCGGGGAUGCGCUCAUUGAGGAACCCUCCAUGCCAGAACCCCUUCUAGGACCUCGUAUCACCAAUCCUGGGGGAUCCGCUCACUGAGGAACCCUUCAUGCCAGACCCCCUUCCAGCACCUCACAUCACCAACGACAUCCUUAGGGAAGCACUCACUGAGUAAACGUCCGUGCCGGAACCCCUUCCAGCACCUCGGAUGACCAACAACAUCCUGGGCGAAGCGCUCAUUGAUGAGCCCUCGAUGCCAGAACCCCUUCCAGCAACUCACAUCACCAAUGACAUCCUGGGGUAAGCGCUCAUUGAGGAACCCUCCAUGCCAGAACCCCUUCCAGUACCUCGUAUCACCAAUGACAUUUCUGGGGGAAGAGCUCACUGAGGAAGCCUCCAUGCCAGCACCCCUUCCAGCACCUCGCAUCACCAACAAGAUCCUGGGGGAAGCGCUCAUUGAGGAACCCUCCGUGCCAGAACCCCUUCCAGCACCUCGCAUCACCAACAACAUCCUGGGCGAAGUGCUCAUUGAGAAAACCUCGAUGCCACGGUCCCUUCCAACACCUUGCAUCACCAAUGACCUACUGUGGAAAGUGCUCAUUGAGGAUACCUCCGUGCUAGGUCCUUCCAUCCUCACAGACACUCCAAAGGAAGCGGCUUCUGUGUCAGAGCCCUUACUAGAGCCUUCCAUUGCUGAUAAUUAUCUUCAACAAGAAGUAGAACUCCUCAAAGGGUUACAGCAUGACUAUGUCUAGCAGCGUAAGUACUGCGACACCUCAGAGACCUUUUGCAUGUACACCCAGCACAAAGAUCAGCUGCAGUUUUGAUACCCAGCCCAGAUGAUGGACUAAGCCCUAACACUGCCCUUUUUGCAAGUCACCAGUACUCAGCCUGGUCAGCACAUACAACAUUUGUUCGUUUUUAUUCUCUUUGUUGCAGAACUGAGGGUUCGCCGCAUUUCCCAACAGUUCCCUCGUUCUCUCCGGGCCAUCAACCUGCAAAUUGGACACAUGCGGACAUAGGCUCAUCCGCAGUGAAGUUCGGCUGCAGCGGUGGGAAAGGGAAGGUAUGUUCACAGCAUGUCCCUGAAAUUGCUGCUCGGCUAAGAAUGGCUCUUUUGUUUAUUUCAUGUUGAAAUGCUUGAUUUGAGUCUGCAUCUAAGGUUUCACGGGGGAGGCCUGUGAGUGGGUUGUCAGUGCUUGCUGAAGUGUUCCUUCGUUUUCUGUCUUUCAUGUGUCCAAGCUCCAGUGCCUGUAAUCCAAGCAGCUUCUCAGAGUGAGCAGUGAGGGCAAGUGAUGGUGGGUGUGGGAGGAUGUCAGCCUUUGCAGCUGACCUCCUGCUUCUUCUUCUCUCUUGCAGAUGUUCCUGCAGGCCCUGCUGCACUUCUCCAGCCCUCUGGGUCUGAUUCAUCAUUGUCCUCUGCCUCCCUUGAGGUUGCCUCCAUCCCACCCUCCACCUCCACCUCUUCCCUCCUCCUGCAUCCCUCUCCACCUCCUCCUCCUUCCCCACCUCCUCUGGAGCCAGACCUCAGCAAUGUGAAAGAAACUCUGCAGAGUUUGGUAGAGAUGCAGGUCCAUCAGCUGCGUGACCGCCAAAGAGACCUCCGCAGCUGCCAGGAAUGCUUACAAAGCUUCAAGGCACUGAGGGGACAAUUGAGGCGGCUAAGGAGCAGACUGGCCAGGGUGGAAGCCAUUAUGGGGAUCGUGGUUCCUCCAAGGGAGCUGGACGUUGCUGAGGAAGAAGGGGAAGGCAAAUCAUAAGAGACAACUGUGCUACUAUUUACAUAAGUAGCAAUAAAAUGCUGUGUAUAUAUAUUUUAAAAAUUAAAUAUUUGUUUUAAUAGGAUGAAGAGAUAGAACAGCAAUAAAACUAGCAUAUUUAUUGUUUAAAAAAAUAAAAUGUUUUAUUUUAA